UAGCAGCAGCCGCCUCCGGAGCUGAGUGGCUGUGGGGACAGCCCCGCUGGCGCUCUCCGGCGUCUUGUGUCACUGUCACUGAGGAUGGAUCCCUGCGCAGCCGGGUGCCGACCCCGCGGGGACCAGAGGCGCAGUCUCAUCUAGCAACUGGUCACCCUUGCAAUUAUGGAUAUUUAAAAGGAUCUGCGAGUGUGGAGGGGGAGUUCCCCUCUCCACUCCCCCUUGGUGCUUGACUUUAGGAAUAAUUUAUAAACUGGGGGAAAUUUUUGAUAAAAACUUUGUAAUAGAACUAUUUAUAAUUUUUGUUUUCAUUUUAGUGCCAAAAGAAAUUAUAUUAAUAUACAUAGUUUUAUACUGUUGUCCUGAGGAUUUAAAUUGCAAUCCUCAACAGGCCAUAUAUACUCUUAACUCCUCUUGAGGAGUAGCAUCUUUGUGUCCUGGCAUUUUCAGUUUUUAAACAGCAGUAUUAACUGAGUAUUCUGAAGAAGUAAGCAGUUUAAAAAUACUAGGAUGAGUUCCCUUAGCCCUGACUGCACAUCGAAGUGUCGAUCCCUGAAGCAUGCUCUGGACAUCCUUUCGGUGAUAACAAAGGGGAGUGAAGGACAGAUUAAGACUUUUCUCUCUAGUCAUUGUUACAACGCUGCAACUAUCAAGGAUGCUUUUGGCCGGAAUGCCCUUCAUCUGAUUUCCUCCUGUGGAAAGAAAGGCGUAUUAGAUUGGCUUAUUGAGAAAGGAGUGGAUCUCUUGGUGAAAGACAAGGAAUCAGGAUGGACCGCUUUACACAGAAGCAUUUUUUAUGGACACAUUGACUGCGUCUGGUCUCUCUUGAAGCAUGGUGUUAGUCUAUAUAUUCAAGAUAAAGACGGCUUAUCAGCUUUGGAUCUUGUUAUGAAAGAUAGACCCACUCAUGUAAUAUUCAAGGAUACUGACCCUACAGAUGUCUAUACUUGGGGCGAUAAUACAAAUUUUACCCUGGGCCAUGGAAGCCAGAAUAGCAAACACCAUCCAGAGUUGGUGGAUAUGUUCCCCAGAAGUGGAGUUUAUAUCAAGCAGGUGGUGCUUUGUAAAUUUCACUCAGUGUUUCUGUCCCAGAAGGGACAGGUUUAUACCUGUGGUCAUGGUCCGGGAGGACGUUUGGGACAUGGUGACGAGCAGACAUGCUUGGUCCCGAGGCUUGUGGAAGGACUGAGUGGUCAUAUUUGUUCUCAAGUCGCAGCUGCUAAGGAUCAUACAGUUGUAUUAACUGAAGAUGGAUGUGUUUAUACAUUUGGUCUAAAUGUUUUUCAUCAGUUAGGACAUAUUCCCCCACCUCCCAGUUGUAAUGUCCCCAGACAGAUGCAGGCCAAGCAUCUGAAAGGGAAGACAAUUAUUGGCGUAGCGGCAGGCAGGUUUCAUACUGUGCUCUGGACUAGAGAUGCUGUGUACACAAUGGGAUUGAAUGGGGGACAGCUGGGUUAUUUACUAGAUCCCAAUGGAGAGAAGUGUGUAGCGGCUCCUCGUCAAGUCUCUGCUCUGCAUCAUAGAGAUGUUGCACUCUCCUUGGUUGCUGCCAGUGAUGGGGCCACAGCCUGUGUGACCACGAGGGGAGACGUUUACUUACUUGCAGACUAUCAGUGCAAGAAGAUGGCUUCUAAACAACUGAAUUUGAAAAAGAUUCUUGUUUCUGGUGGACGCAUGGAGUACAAGGUAGAUCCUGAACACUUGAAAGAAAAUGGGGGUCAGAAAAUUUGUAUUCUUGCAAUGGAUGAAGCUGGAAGGGUCUUUUGCUGGAGAUCAGUUAGCAGUUCUCUGAAGCAGUGUCGAUGGGCUUAUCCACGCCAGGUCUUCAUUUCUGAUAUUGCUUUAAAUAAAAAUGAAGCUCUCUUUGUCACACAAGAUGGGGAAGGAUUUAGAGGAAAAUGGCUUGAAGAAAAAAGGAAGAACUCUGAAAAGAAAGUGGAGAUUUUAUCCAACCUUCAUAAUUCCUCAUCAGAUGUAUCUUGUGCCUCUGAAAUAAAUAGCAGUUAUGAAAGAAUUCGACUUGAGAAACUCACAUUUGCCCAUAGAGCUGUUAGUGUCAGCACAGACCCAAGUGGAUGCAACUUUGCAAUCCUGCAGUCGGACCCUAAAACAAGCCUUUAUGAAAUUCCAGUUGUGUCCUCAUCAUCCCUUUUUGAAGAGUUUGGCAGACUGUUGAAGGAAACAGAUGAAAUGGACAGCAUCCAUGAUGUGGCAUUUCAAGUUGGCAAUAGAAUCUUCCCUGCACAUAAAUACAUUUUGGCAGUGCGUUCUGACUUUUUUCAGAGGUUGUUUAUUUCAGAUACUGCUACUCUAGACUUUGCAGAUGUUUACCGUAAAGAUGAAGAUUCUGCAGGGUGCCAUCUCUUUGUGAUAGAGAAGGUUCGCCCUGACUUAUUUGAAUACCUUUUACAAUUUAUAUACACAGACACUUGUGAUUUUUUAACUCAUGGCUGCAAACCAAGAAUACACUUACUCAAGAAACCGGACGAAUAUCAGAACACUUCAAAUUCUCAUUUGAAGGAAAUGAAUUGCCAUCAAGAUAAUAAUCAGAAGUCAGCAUUUGAAGUUCAUAAGAGUAAUCAGUCUCAAUCAAUUAGUGAAAAGCAAAAACGAAAAUCUAAAUCUUCAAAAAAGGGAAAAAGUGUUGAGGAAGAUGAUCCCAUAAGAAUGUUGCAAAAUGUUGCAAAGAAAUUUGGAUUCAAUAACUUGAGUAGUAGGUUAGAUGGAGUCAGAUUUGAAAAUGAAAAAAUUAAUGUUAUUGUCAAGAAAACUGGUAAUAAACCAAAGCUUAGCCGGAAAAAAUGUUCAUUUCUGUGUGAUGUGACCAUGAAAUCAUUGGAUGGAAAGGAAUUUUCUUGUCAUAAAUGUGUUCUUUGUGCCAGACUUGAAUAUUUUCAUAGUAUGCUGAGUAGCUCAUGGAUUGAGAUGCCACCAGAAUCUCAAGAUGUGGAUUUUAUAUGUAAUGUUCUUGUGGUGGCUGAUCAGUUUCUCAUAACCCGAUUGAAAGAGAUUUGUGAAGUAGCAUUAACUGAAAAUCUUACCCUUAAAAAUGCUGCUAUGCUACUGGAAUUUGCUGCAAUGUAUAAUGCCGAACAAUUGAAACUGUCUUGUUUACAGUUUAUAGGACUGAAUAUGGCAGCUUUACUUGAAGCAAGGUCUCUUGAUGUUUUAAGUGAUGAUGUAUUGAAGGAUCUGUCUGUUUUUUACCGGAAAAUGAUCCCAGCAAUGGAUAGAAGGGUUAUUACACCUUAUCAAGAUGGACCAGAUAUUAGCUAUUUGGAAAUAGGAGAUACCUUUUUGAAAGAAGAAAUAACUUUGGAACAGAAUUAUUUGGAAGCUAUGAUCAAGAAGGCAAGAACAAAAGCAAAAAAGAAGCCACGUAAGCGGUCAGGUAGUUCUGGAGGUUAUACCCUUUCAGAUCUUAUUCAGAGUCCACCAUCUGCAGGAUUAAUAACUUCUGAAAAGACCUAUUCUGUGGAAUCUCUCCCAGAACUAUUGACAUCAGAUUCUGAAGGAAGCUAUGCAGGAGUGAGUAGUCCUAGAGAUUUACAAUCCCCUGAUUUCACAGCAGGAUUUCAUUCAGAUAAGGGGAAAGUUAGUAACAGCAUACCUCCUACGUGUUCUAAGGAGGAUGUAAGGCCCAGGGAAAAGUCGCCAGUUCUGAAAGCCUCUGCUCCACAGCCUGUUCCCAGACACUCAAGUGAUCAUAGAGGCUCUUCGUCCUGGGUGGUCAGCUCCUUCAGUCCUGUCAGCCCUCCUGUCGUGGAUCUUAGAGCCAUUAUGGAAAGAGAAGAAAGUAGACAAAAAUUUGGAGCUGCACCAAAAACAAAUUUGGGCAAAAUCAUUUCUCAUGGAAUAAAACUUUCUCAGAAGCAAAGAAAAAUGAUUGCAAUGACUACCAAAGAAAGUAAUUCAAGACUAAAUAGCGUGGAAACAGUUUUAACCACUCCUUCAAAAGCCCCCAAACCAGCAAAUGCAUGGACAUCUUCUCCACAUUCAGCUUCAUCCAAAUCAUUCCAGGAUUUUUUACUGGAGGAAAAAACAUCUAUUACUGGCCAUGGUUCAGGAGAUCAUGCUACAAAAAUCUGUUUUAAAGGAAUUGAAAAUUCCCAGGCUCCAAAAGUUAUAAGUCCUUGGCUCUCUUCCUCAUUGGCUAUUCCUUCAGUGGCCCCAAUCACCUUUGCAUCCAUUGUAGAAGAAGAGCUACAACAAGAAGCGGCUCUUAUCAGAAGUCGAGAAAAACCAUUGGCUCUGAUUCAGAUUGAGGAGCGUGCUAUACAAGAUUUGCUGGUCUUCUAUGAGGCACUUGGCAACCCUGAUGAGUUUGUCAUUGUUGAAAGGACACCACAGGGACCACUGGCGGCACCUAUGUGGAAUAAACAUGGAUGUAGACCACUGUGGAGUUGAAAUGCAUUUUUCAUCAUUGUGAUUGGAAAAAUCCUAAAUUGAAAAGUUAUGGAAAGAAGUUCUUACAUGUUUGAUAACAGGUCAUUAUAGAAUAAAAAAGCUUCAAAUUUCUUUAUUGUAGUUUAAGUAUAUAAUGUUUGUAUGAUUAAAAAGAAAUUGUGAUUUUAAUUUCUUUUUAUGUAAAACUUUGUGGAAGGAAAAAUUUGUUACAUUUAAGUAGAAUUACUUCUUCUGAUUAAUUUUAUAAAGGAAAAUAUGAAUUAUUAAAGUGUAAAAUGUGAGUGCUGCAUUAAAAAGAACUUUUCCAUUUGUUAAUUUGCUAUAAAUAAUUUAGAAGAUGUUUGCCAAAUACCUGUUGUCACUCUUUUUGUCAUAUGCCGUCGAUGAGCUUAAAGUAGGGGCACUUCUCACUUUCCUGAUCUGGAAAGAGCCAGAGUUUUGUGUAGCUUUUAUGUCUCGACUGUUGUAUUUUUAAAAUCUAGCUAUGAAUGGUCUACGUCUAUAUAAAGCUUAAUUUGCUCAAAUGUUAUAUUGCACUUUGGACAGCACCUUCUCCAUUUUGCAUUAAGCUGUGGAAUAGAAUGGAAGUUAAUAUAAAUUCUAUUCUAGAUAGCUUAGGCCAAACAGUAGUUUAAGAUUUAGUGUCAUUACAUUUUUUUAUUUUGAUUUUGGGGGGAUGAUUCUUAUUUGUGAGAAAAUUAAAUUCUCCCAAGUGCUAAAUUUUUCUAUAAUUGCUUAUUUAUCCAUACAUGAAUAGCUUGGAAGAAGAUUGGUUUAUGAAGUUUGAUUUACAUGAAGUUAUAUAAUCAGCAAUUCUCUGAUUCUGGGUUAUCUGAAUAGACAAAUAAUUGCUUGUUUUCUUUGCAGUGUGCUGUUUAGUUUGUUUUUUGAGUGGUUAACUUUUAAAAAACAAAUAAUAAAUAUGUGCUCCAUCAUCUCGACCAGUUGGCAUGAUUGUUUUAGAUUCUGGAAGAUAAGUCUAGGGGAAUAGACAGGGAAUCAGCAAAGUUAUAAUUCAGCUAAUGAAAAUAAGGCUUUAUUUCAGGUUUAACGCUAUUCAAAAAGCAAAUGUGUAAGCAAAUGUGCAAUAAAAAGGAACCUUGAUCCAUUUCA